AUUCAGAAAAAGUGGGCGUUUUCAAAGGGCACGCUACUCUGUUUUACACAAAUUUGAACGUAGCCCAUAUUGUAACAACGAAAAUGGCAGCUGAGAUAUCAGACUCCGUUCCCCAUGUGCAAGCCAAAUUCUUUACGAAACAAGAGCAGUAAGAAUAUCUAUAUUAUAGUUGAUGUUAACAGGCCUUCAAUCUCAAAUAGACAUUAUUCUAUCUUGGCUCCCUAGGAAUAAUAGGGAUUUUCGAGGGCUCAAUAAUUAGGAUUUCGAGGGCUCAAUUUUUUUUAAUUAUUCAAUAAUUUUGUGGUACUGCUCAGUCAGAACGGUGGUCUCAAAUUAAAAAUACGAAGUGGCUAUUCGCACCCUGGUAUCAGAAGUGAGAGGUUGGGAUUAAAAAACUAUUUAAAAUAUUAGGGUAAAUGUUGAGAACGAUGCCCGUGGUUACCCAUCAUGGCCGCCAUCUUAGUUGACACGACAUGUGAAGUGUCAACCAAGAUGGCGGCAAAAUGUAGUGCAAAACACUUGUUAUUAUACCGUGUUAUGAAAUGACUGGGGAGGGGAGACCCCUCACCCCACUUUAAAUACCAAAAUCCGAAACAAAGAAAUUAUCUGGGGAGGGGUGAUCCCUCCCCAAUUUUAAAAAAAAAAUAAAAUAAGAAAACAGUUGAUCCCUCGACCUAACCCAAAGCCGAAAGCCAGAAGUAAAAACAUAUUGAAUACAUACUGUGGCAGUGGCAUUAAGUAUGAAAAUGAAAAAAAAAAUGGCCAAAAAUAAUUCUAAAACUAAAACAAAGAAAUAAUUAAAACCCAACUUACAGUUUCAUGAAAUACACUUUUACACACUUUAUUACAGGUUCCAAAGAAAAUAAUAUGCACAAAUGAAUAGAGCACAACAGUCGGCAUUAAGCUAACAUGUUACAAAUAUGGUGGCGCAAAUAAAAUAUGAUAAUUAGCCAACCAAUGGUAAUUUAAAAUUAUAAAUAAUCAACACCAAUUAAAAUUUUGAUACAAAACAUGUCACAAGCACGUCCUCCAACAAUAAAAUAAACAAAGGGGAAUGACUCCUGCACAAAUAUUGAAUAAACAUGCUAAUGAUGUCAUGAGCACGAUUCUCAACAACAGCCAAUAUACUUGUCGGGUUGUAAGACAAAAUGAGGGGUAAAAGUGCAGUUCAGGUGCGUAGAGUAUAUAAUAAAAAAAGGGCUGGACGGAUAUCUCCUGCACUAUUUGUCCGGCGACCAAGUCACAUGACUGCCGUAACAAUGUGGUGCGAGAUAUUUGUCACGUGACCGAGAAUGAUUCAAAGCUAUUUUUAAUUAAUUUUAAAAUCUAUUUCUCUACCAUGUAAUGAACUGAGUAUCUUGCAAACAAAUAAUAGAACAAAAUACUUGGGUAUAUUACCAAAACAAAGUAGGGGUUAAGCAAUAAUGCAUUCUAGAAGGAAGCAAUGCUGAGAGGGAGAGAGUUACUCUAAAACAUAAGUUAUCCAAAUAUUUUGAUGUAAAUAGUGAUAAUAAUUGAAUAUUUCUGAAUUAUCAGCAUCUUCCGCCAUUAAAAAGGGGGCAUGGUCACAUCCAAGCCAUCUUGGGUAGAGCAGUUCACUGCUCAAGAAUGCUGAACCACUUUCAUACAACAAGACUCAGAAAAAUCCUCAACACGUGGGAGGAAAAAGCAAAGGAUCGAACUUCAUGACGUUCCACUUUACACAGGAGCUCCAUGCAACAUGAAGUUGGCAGAACACCGGCUGCUGAGCGCAAGAGACAUGCCAGGAAGGCCUGGUCUGACUCUGCUCGCGGAGAUGCGCCAUCAUUCCCCUGCACCUACUGCACAAGAGAAUUUCAUGCCAGAAUCGGCCUCAUUAGCCAUCUGCGCACCCACAGACAGAACUAACACAAACUUUGAUGAUUAAAGUGGUCAUGGUCGACUCCCCACUGACGAACAAAAUACUGCUCAAACAGGGAACCACAGUGUCUGACGUAAAAUACAUAAUGCCAUGAAAAUUGGCACACUGGUAAAUCAAUAUAUAUCCAAGAGACAUAAUAAGUAUGAAAAUGGCAUAUAUUUAAUUUCGACUUAAUCUUAUAAUGAAAGUUGCCUAACAUUCACCAAGGAUUUGCUCUAAGUUGACUGAUUGUUAAUGAAAAAGAAAUUGAUUAAAAUGUAGACCAAGAUGUCCCCCAAAGCGAAAGGCUGGAAUAAGAACACAAUUGUGGGAUAUAGUAUCAACAUCAAAAAAUUUAAAACUCGGAUUUUCGUGCACUGACGCCCAUUUCCCAUAAAAUGUUUUUAUUAGUCUCUCUUGCUUUACCAAAAUACCUAUUUAUUGUGUCAAGUCCGAAGUCGCAAUCCGCUAUGCAACAUGUGCAAUGAAUUUGACACUUUCUGAAAUUCCCUUUCACUGAAAACAUUAUUUGCCAUCAGAUUACAAAUUAAUCUUAAAAAUAUCUGAUAGGCUUGAUAAUUUGUAUUAUAAAUAAGGCCAUCACUACCUACACCAUGGUGGUGUACCUAGCAAAACUAGGGAAUCUGGCCUGCGAAUAUGGCGGCGAUGUACCUAGCAAAACCAUUAGCUUUGGCCUGCAUACACCAUGGUCUUUGCCAGUUUUUAACCUUUUGGCCUGACUGGUAUGUGUAAAAUUAAUGUUGUACUCUUGCAAUUUAGGUGACAGUUAUUUUAUUAGAGUGUUAUGUACAGUUAUGUGGAUUUUGUAAUUUUAUUAACCUGCUUUAAGAUUUAGCUAGUUUGUUGAUCAAUACGUUACAAAGGACUGAAAAGCUGGUAUACAAAGAAUCGAUACCAAAGUCCAAAAGCUAGUUAAAUUAAAAAAAUUCAAUUUAAUUAUACUAUUAAAUUUGUAUAAAGAAUACAAAAUCAAAUGGACAGAAAUAAAUACAAUAUCCACUUACAGCUCAUCAAGUGAAAAUGUAUAAUCUUUGAAAGAUAGAAAUAUUAAAUUACACACACAUAGGGUACCAUGAGGUCACUGUCAUAGCUGUCACAAUUUGGUACAACUGUGAUUAACAGAGACAAAAUUGAAAGUUAUUUGACAAUAAAAAUGGUAUUAAUUAAUAUGGACACACUUGGUCAUGAUAAAAUUUAAAUUGAAAGCACAAAUUGAGCUGAAAAGUACUAACAGCAUUAAGAAUUUUCCCUGCCAAGCCAAUUGUUUUUAAAGGUUAAAAUAAUUAAUAAUUUUGCUUUUGUCUGCCGUAAGUGCUAUGUUUGUUCAAAUCUUAGCUUAGAAUACAUUAUGAAUGUAAAAAUAAGUGUAAAAGUUUAUAUAAUGUAAGAUCUGUUUUUUUUUUCUUUAUAGGUAUUCAGUUGCAGAUGCUCCUUAUUCCAUUCCUUCAACAGUUUCAACAAAAGAAUUAAAUAACAUUAUAUACAGUGUUUUGUGUGAUGGUAAGUUUACCAUGAUGAUAUUGCUCAUCAAUAUUUGUUGAAAUUAAAUUUAUAAAUACUUUUAAAAAUAUAUUCUGAAAUACCAGUACCCAAAAAAGUUAAUAAGAAUCUGUGUCGUAGAUUAUUUUGCUUUAUGCUGCCUAAAUGUCACUAUUAAAUUUGUUAAGAUAUUUUAUAUUCACAAAUAUGGCACAUUGGCUCAAAUUUAAAGAAAUUUAUUGUGUUUAUUAAUCUAUUACAGGGGAUGUUAAGGAGAAAGUCGAAUUUGAUUUCCUUAUUGAUGGAGAAUUUUUGCGAACUUCUCUUGCUGUACAUCUUGAUGACAAAAACAUAUCACCUGUAAGUUACCCAUUUUAGUGUAAAAUUUAUCAACAUCAUUAGAUAAUUAUUAAAAACAGUUCAUAUUUUAAAGUAUUUGGUUGAAAGUGCAGUUGUCUGCAAAACUUUAUUUCAUUUCAACUAGUAAUGAUCUUUUUUUAAAAACAGGAAACCGUUAUUGAGAUUGAAUAUGUUGAAAGACAGACAGCACCACGCCCAGAGACAUCACUUGUGCAUGAUGAUUGGGUUAGCUGUGUGCAAGGGAACAAAAAUUUGUAAGUUGAUUUUCUUUCUAACUUUGUUUUAAUCAUUUUUAAAGGGGUCAAAUCAGCAUUUAGGCUGCAAAGAAUAACAAGCACAUAAUACAAAAAUGCUUGUGACUUUCACCAACAAUAUCCUUCAUUGAAUUCUGCAUCUAUAUUUAUAAGGUUAAAAGAGCAUCAAGUACAUUAUUGUGGAAAAGAAAAUUGAUACUAACCCAAAAACUUUAUGAAAACUAUGUAUAAGUAUUCACAGGUUGACUAGCUCGUGGAACCUCAUGGUCAGGAUUUUCAAACCUUGCCCAUAUUUGGCACACUGAGGAAGUUACAAAGUCUCACACCCCCUUCAAAAGUAACAAUGCGUUUUAAAAAUAUUUAUGUAUUUUUAAUCACUUUUCCUUGCACCUCUGAAACCCAACUCAAGGGUGCAAGAAGAAGAGAAAGACCACAAUUCUUUUGGGGCAGUGGAUUUGACAAUACAGAAAUCCUGUGAAUGGAUAUACAUUGGUUGGAAUGGAAUGCACCUCCAUCUCCAUUCACACUGACCAACAGCUGAGGAGGAGAAGAAAAGAUUAUUUUAAAUUUUUUUUAAUGCCAAGUUUUGAAAUUAAUUUUUCUAUUAUAGAAUUUUGUGUGGGUGUUAUGACAACACAUUAAAGUUAUGGACAAGAGAUGGUAAAUGCUUAACUACUAUUCCUGGACACUCAGGUCCUGUAAAAUGUGUGGCUUGGAUUAAAACUGAAGGUUAGUGGGGAUAAUGAUAUGAUUUUUAUCCCAGCCUAAUAAAAUAUCUCCAUGAAUUUUUUACUGUCUUUAAAACUAUGGACAGUCUUUUAAAAAAAAUAUGUUGUUUAAAUUUAAAGAAAUCAAAAUUAAAAUGUAAAUUUAAAAAGAUUAAUUCAUUUUCUACACUGAAUUUACAAAUAUAUAUUUUAUAGGAUUUUAUCUUCAUUGAUUCAGUGCUGCUUAACUCUAAAUGCAGGUAAAUCUGAUAAUGAGCCCAUGUUUGUCAGUGGGUCGCUUGAUCAAACAUUAUUUGUGUGGCGCUGGAAAGAGACCAAAAAGGAAGUUGACUGUGUUUAUGCUUGCAAGGGACAUGCUGGGAGUGUUGACUGUGUUGCGGUUAAUAAUGAUGGAGCAAGGGUAUGUACAUAUACUUAAGUACUUUAAAAAUUUUAAAAGGAAAAUUUCUUUUAUUUUUUUAUUAAUUUUAUUAUAUAAUUUUUGGUAUUACUUAGACCACUAAAUAAUUAAAUGAAUGUUUAAUUGUACUUUGGUCUCUUAGUUAUGUCUCAACAGAACAAACAACUUUUCACAGUUAAAAAUUAUCUCCAACCUUAUAUCUUUCAAGCCUUGAAUUAUAAUGAUAGUUAAAGAGAGAACAGGCUUUUCAGAAUUUUUUGUAUCGUAAAAGACAAGAUGCCUAGCUUCAAUAUUCUAAGUACUAAAACUUCUACUUGAUAAACGUUAUUAUAGUAUAAAAUUAUAAUGUUUUUAAAAAAUCUGUAAUGAUACAUGUUAAUUUGUACAUUCUGUAACGUUGACAUAUAUUAUUUUGGUUUAGUGUGUUGCAUUUAAAAGAAAGAAAGGUUUUUAGAAAUUUAAUUAAAAACCCAUCUUUAAAAAAAAAAUUCAGAUAGUCACUGGAUCCUGGGACAAGAUGGUAAAGCUAUGGUCUCUUGGUAAGUUGUAAUUUUUUAUGUAGUUAACUUUAAUUUAUUAUUAUAAAAGGUAAGUAUAUUUGUGUAGAGCAUUGGUUCUCAACCUUCCUAAAGCCGUUACCCUUUAAUACAGUUCUUCAAGUUUUGGUCAAUCAAACCAUAAAAUUAUUUUCUUUGCUACUUCAUAACUGUAAUUUUGCUACUGUUAUGAAUCUUAACGUAAUUAUCAGAUAUACAGGAUGUAUUUUCAUAUUUAAAAUUUGAACAUAAUUAAAGUAUAGUGAUUAAUCACAAAAACAAUAUGUAAUUAUAUUAAUAUAUUGUGAAAUAUUUAUUUAUAAUUACAACAAAAUGACAUUUUGUCUUGAAGCAUGGUUUAGCAUUAGUAACAGUCUUAAUAUAACAACAGUAAACAACAUUGCUACGUUUUGCAACAGCAUGCGUAAAAAGCCAAUGUCAGUGCGAAGGUAGAGAUUGCUUCUUUCUCAUCAGAUCAGAAAUUCUCGGGGCAGUCUUUGCAAGAACACAAGUCUUUUUCUGUAUUAAUACUUGAUAACCAACAAACUGAAAAUCCCUGUUUCACAAAGAUAUGUUGUUGUAAAGGGAAGAAGAAGGUGCAAAACAGUCUCAGACAUAACAGGAUAUGACUGCAAACAGUUGAUCCAGAAUUUUGUUACUGGCAUUGUAGAGAAAUCAGUUGUCGCUUCAUCGCUGUUAAUAAUUUCAAUGAACUCUUUUUGUGCUCUCUCAGGAACAUAUUCAUUUUUGACUUUGAAUGGGCUUUUGGCAAGUGCAAAUGGGUUGUUAGGUAGAUUUGGAAAGUAUGAUGAAAUUUCAUCUGCAAACAUGAGCAAGUAUUCUUUCACAGAAAUUAUCAUCGUAAUCCUUUUGUCUGGUUCAAUGUCAUGUUCUUCAAAGAAAGCAGAUAAGGUAGGCAGCAUGUAAAUUUUGUUUUCACCCAAAGCUGAAGUUUCAUUUAGAAUGAACGGAUGUCUUUAGACAAAGCAAGCAAGGCAUGUUGAAUUUGGUCCUUUCAGUAAUAAAUUUAUCUCAUUCCAGAUAGCAAAGUAAGUAAGCUUUUUUCUCCAGUCACUUUUAUCGCUGAAAAGUACUUCAAACUGCAGUCUUGCUUUCUAAUUAAAAAACAUUUGAGUUCAUACAAAACUCAAAAACGUGUUUUAAAUCUGUUCCUCCAGACAACCAUCACACUUCAGUGUGAAAUAGCAGAGCAUUGUUUGUCCCAUCCAACUCGUUGCACAGUUGCGGAAACAGUUGACUGUUUAAAGUGCUCGCCUUUACAAAAUUGACAAAACUUAUGACGCUUUUUAUUACUUCUUGCAACUCUUGUGGCAGCGUUGCUAAUAUUUGCCGAUGUAUCAUACAGUGAGUCAUGAUAACUUUUGGUGGCUCAUUCUUUACCAAACGUUGAAAUCCAGAUCGACAUCCUAACAUAGCAGGAACACUAUCUGUGCAAACACUGCAAACCUUUUCCCAAGAGAUCUUAUGCUCUUUCAGAAAUAAACCAACUGUGUCAAAUACCUCAAGUGAAGUAUUUUUCGUUUCAAGAGAUUUUCAAAAAAGAAACUCAUCUUGAAAGUUUUUUUGCUAUGAUUUAUAUACCUCACGUAAACCAGUAACUGAACAGUUUGCGAUGUCUGUAGAUUCAUCAAGCUAGAUACUAAAUAUUGGAAGUGGAGAAGAUUUAAAAAAUGUCUACACUUUUAAUGUAUAUAGCAAACCUGACCUUUGUUGAUCUUGAAUAACUUAUGCAAUGUUCAAGAUUACUACUCAGCAUCCAAUGCUCAAGAUUACUAGUCAGCAAGAUUACUAAUCAACAUUUACUGGAAAUAAAAAAAUUACAGGCAGCCGAAAAAUAGGUCCCAAAAAUUUAUAGAUUAGCUUAUAGAAUCCCACAAUCAAGAGCUGCAAGAAAAUAAAGUCUUUGAAAAAUUGGGGUUACAGUGGUGAUUAAGUAUUAAAUAAAUAAUUUGCUUGUGUUUUUUCCUUAAACAGCUGCAGAUAUGGUAACUAAAUUUUGUGUAUAUUAAUUUUGUAGUUGAUGGAACAACAGUGGCAGAAGAUAGCAAUGAUGAUAGCUCUGGGGAUCUGAGAAAAAAGAAAAAGCUAAAAGGGACAAGUCAGAAGUUGUCUGUUAGAAUUCCUUUAGUAACUAUGUCAGGUCACAAAGAAGCUGUGUCUUCUGCAACUUGGUUGGAUGAAUCUAAUGUAUGCACAGCUUCUUGGGAUCAUACAUUACGUGUUUGGGACAUGACACGCUCAGAGCAAACACAAGUUGUGGUGGGUAUUGACAUAAUUAUGAACUUAACUUUUUUUUUUAAAACCGCCUUAUUAUAAAGUUUGAAAUAUUAUCUUGUUACGGAAAUCAUUAUUAUUAUAGUUAAUGUGCAUUUAUCGUAAAUAUUCAUUUUCAGGCCAGCUGUGAGGUAGAACAUUAUAUAAUUGAUAAUUUUUUUUAUCAUAUUACAGGAGGGAUCAAAGGCAUUUUUCUCUAUAGCGCAUUCUCCACUCUCAAACUUAAUUGUGUCAGCAUCAGCUGAUAAACAUGUGAGACUGCAUGACCUUCGAACGAAAGGUAUAUGAAUAGCUUUAAAAAAAGCUUAUGUCCUCUGAAAUUGUUAAAAAAAUUGUAGUCUAGAAUGAUGAGUUAAAUAAAAGGAUUAUAUAUGCUAAAAAAACUUGAACUUUACACAACAAUCAUGCUUUAUUUUUCUAAUUAACUAUUGUUUUAAUAAAAAUAACCUUCAACUGAGUAUAAAUUUAGCAACAAGUGAAGAAAUCAGAAUUUUUAUAAGUAAAAGGGUUUAUUAAUAUUAUUAUAUUUUCCUUUUAUCAGUUACCAUAUCAUUAACUUAUAGGUCUAUUUUUAUCUCUUAGCCAUCACUUUUUCUCCCCCCCACUCUUUCUUAUCACCAGAAAUGAAAGGUACAUAUACAUCACAUACUGGGUGGGUUUCAAGUGUUGAUUGGUCAAAAUCAAAUGAGCACAUGUUUAUUUCUGGAUCUCAUGAUAUGUUAAUGAAGCUCUGGGAUACAAGAAGGUAAAUAAAUAAUUUUUUUAAAAGUUUAUAAAACUGAGAUAAAUAGAAAUAGUAUGUGUAUAUGAUGCUUAUUGAUUUAUUGUAUACACUUCUAAAAUGCUCCUCAUAAAAUAUACACAAAUUCUAAUGAAAUAGCAAAUCAAACAUUUUUGCUAUUAGAAAAUUGCAUAUCUCACCUUUUGAAUGUUAUCAUAAUUUAAAGUAUAUGAAUUUUUUUUUACUUCAAAACCAAAUUUUUACCUAGCCCAAAAGCACCACUUUAUAAUUUGAUUGGUCAAGAGGAUAAAAUUCUUGCAGUGGACUGGUCUAUUCCAGACCUGAUGUUGUCUGGAGGAGCUGAUAAUCAGUUGAAAAUGUUUAACUACAACAAACAGAAGUAGCAAGGAGACUUCAAAAUAGAUAUUGUUCAAUAAACAAAUCAAAGUGGUGAAAAUAUUUUUGUACAAUUUUUUUUUUGUGAAGUUUUAAUCAAAUGAUAUUCAAUAAAUAUAACAUUCAUUAUUGGUACUGUAAUAAAUUUGUAAUGGGUCCUAUUUAUCCAUUAGUGAUUUUAAUUUACAUACUAAUCAUAUGUAGAUCAGAGAUGACCAGGCCCAAUUUAGUGAAAACUGUCUUUACCAAUACUAAUUCUACAUUCAUUAGUGGUUUCCAUGUUUUUGGCAUCACAUUUAUAAAAUUGCAUUAUACUUACAGUCAAAUUUCUGAUUGAACAUGUUGCAAGAGACUGGUAUAUUUAUGAAUUACUCUCUUGUCACAUAUUUAAAACAAGUUUCCAUGAUUUGUAUAUUUUGGUACAGGUAAGCUCUAUAUUUUUUGCCGUUACUCAGCCUGACAAAUAUGGAAUCAGAUGUACAUACCAACUUUUUCCCAUAAGAAAUAAGUGAUUUUUCAAUUAAUUAGUUACCAGCCCCAAUUUAUCUUAGAUUUUUUGUCUAUAUAUGUUCUGUAAUCUUCAGCUUCUAAAACACUUUCUAUUUUCUUUAUUUCGAGACUCACAUUGCAUAGUUAAAUUCACCAUUCUUUUUAGAAAUUUUUCAAACCAGUCCCUACUUGCCAUAAACUCACCACUGGUUCUUAGGCCAUUUGGCUACAGGUCUUCAUGUAACUUCUUUGCUUUUUGUUUUAUUAACUCAAUUGUAAUCUUACAGCUUUCCUUUAAGGUAUAUUAUCAUCUUUUAAUUUUAAGCUUUGUUGGGGCCAUGGUAAAUUUUUCCUACAAAAGUUAUUACAAAGAAUUUUUUAUAGAGAAAUUAUUUGGUGAUGCACACUAAACCCCAAAACGCUGGCUGAAUGGUUGUGAGAGUGACACACAUGGAAACUGCUAAUGAAUAUGGAGAGGCUUUUGUCAACUGUAUAUAAGGAAUAUCAAAUUCCAAAUUACUUGUGAAUUUCUGUCAAAAGAAAACACUUUAACCAUUUCUGAACACCAUUUGUACCCGGCCGGUAUGAGAAAUGAAUUUCUUUUAUUUUUCAUAAGAUAUAUAAAAAAGAUACAAGAAAACCUAGUUCACUUCAGUAGAUGAAUAGUCUACCAUUUCCUGCAGACUCCGACCUGUUUACCUUCAAACUCUUUAAAUCCUACAAUAUCAUCCCAAAAUUGUUCAAUAUAAUUAUAUAUCGUAUCCGGAAAUUUUGUUCACAGAAAAUUGAUCUACAGAAGUUUGGUCGAAUCUUUUUUUUCAGUUCACAAGUUAAAAUUUUGCAUCAAAUUUUCUUUUGAACACAUUAUUUUGUUUUACUAUAUAGUAUAGUGCAUUAUAAAAGAAAUUUGACAAAAGUUUGAUCGAACUGAAAAAUUUUUUUUUACCAAACUUCCGUUCGAUCAAUUUUCAGUCUACGAAAUUUCUUUCAAACAAAUUUCCGGUAGCCAUUAUAUAUACUGUAUACACCUCAAAAUCCUACAUUUUACACCAAAAUCGUAAUAGUAAACAUGUCUGUAGACUUCGUAUCUAAGAAUGUUUAUAGCUGUCAUUUUUUUUUUUGCUGUCUAAGGUUUAUUAUUGGCUUAUUGUCCUUCAGGUUUUCCUCUACCCUCAUAUUGCUUCAACCAUAAGGCAGUCCUCCCUGUACUUUACCAUAAUAAUAAGUGAAACAACUUUGUUUUAUUUACAAUAAAUUUUAAUUUUACAAAAGUUUAUACUCAUUACAACAAUCUGUACAAAUCUCGGAUGAUCAACAUGAAUAAUGUGGAGCAGUAAAUGUAUAACCUAGAACAAGUUUCAUGGUGAAAAACCUCUAAUAAGACAAUAUGUACAGUUUACAGAAAAAUUAAAUAUACAAACUUAACCAAUUAUCCUUCACCCAUAGAUUCAAUGACAAAAACAAAUAAGCAAUUAAUUACAAAUUACAAAAGCCCAUUUGAAAUAAGGGGGAUCUACUAAUAAAUUAAUAAAUAUUGGUUACAGGUGUGCUAAAGAUAUGGUUUUAACAAAGUCUGUAAAAUUAUAGUGCCCAAAAUUCAAAUAACGGUAAAAAUCUAUAACCAAAGAUCAUGAUUAAAUUCAUUACAAUACCAAACUUCAAUUCAUUCUCUUCCUAACAAAAUAGGAACAUUACAGGUCAACACAAAAAUAAUAACUUAAAAUUUGAUUUGACAGAGUGGAAAGGUAGAUCAUCCAUAUUAAUAUUAUUAAAAAUGUAGGUACCAGUAUAUAAAAAUUAAAGGGGUAACUAAAGAUAAAUAACUUUUAUUAGGUUAAAAUGACUUUUGACGGUAACUUGCCCUGAACAUCUUGUCAAUCUCAGCCUUUUAUGAACUUGAUAUCUUUAAAAAUAUUUGGUUGUCAUUUAUAAACUACAUACCAGUACACAAUGUUGAAAUAAUGCUGAAUUUGCAUUUCAGAAUAAAAGGUAAUUUAUUUUGUAAAACUUUGUUCACCUUAAAACUUAAUAAUAUACAGUAUGUUUUUUUUAAAAUUUCAUUGAUAUUACUAAUGUUGCUUUUAAUUUAUUUGCAAAAUACAGUAGGUGACAGUAAUAAAAAAAUUAGUUAUAGGAAUUUCAAUUAAACAAUAUGAAUAAGUUAAAUGAAGUGAAUUUAAUUUAAAUCAUUAUUUGCAACUGCUAAAAAUUGCAAAUUAGUUAAAUAAAUCAUGAUUGGUUUCGGAGAACAUGAAAUUAAAAGUGAUGGUUAGUGUCAUUGCUAACUUAUUUUUAUAUUGUAUUAAAUAUUUUGGAUACAGCUUAUAAUUUUGCAUUUCAAAGAAUUGAAUUUUUAAUUUUAGAUAUAAAGUUAUCUUUUUAUGAAAAUACAAUUGAAAAUAAAAAUUUAUGAAAUUUUACUUUUGCAAACAAGUAUUGAGGGUAGAUUAAUCUGAAAGCUAUUAUUGAUCAAUUGCUUAAAAAAUACUUCUGUUGCUUUUAUAAUGCAUUUUAACUGAAAUUUACUGCGAAGUUUUAAAUGAAAAAUUCCUCACUGACAGAGUGAAAGUGGAAGGUUGAAAGGAUUUAUAUUUAAUGAAGAAGGUGUUUAUUUGAAUACCUAAUUAAUGGACGGCACCUUAAUGGGUUACACAUGAGUACUUAUUUACCCAUUCUAUAAUUACAAACAUUACAGUGGACAUAAAAUUCAAUAGCAGGAUCAUUCGAUAAAAACUUACAAUUCUCGUUAAACACAAUUGAAAUUUUUCUUUAAAUAAGUUUCAAAAUGAAAAUUAAUUACUAUGAAACUUUUGUAUUCAAACGAAGGAAGUAUAAUGACUCAUUACACAGUAAUGGGAUUUGUAUUUAUCUUCUCUUAAAUUUAUAUAUUAAUAUGGAAAAAUUUACCUCAUAUUUGAUAAACUAAUUUUAAAAUAGUAAAGAAGAAAAUGAGAAAUCAUUUUUUUUAGAGUUUGACUUUUUUAAACACUGCUUUUAUUCACAUAAUCUCAAGAACAUUAAAUGUGGAUUUGGGUAAUUCCAUGAUUAUAAAUUCUUAUUCAUUCCAAACUAGAAUAAUCUGGCAGUUUUAAACUGGUAAAACAAGAAUAUUUUUUGAAAAGCCUUACUUUCUUAAGAGUUAUGAUUCUUAUAAUAACCAGCAACCUAUAAUUGUAAAUGAUAGAUUUUCAGCUAAAUUCUAAUCUUCUUACAAAGUAAAGACCCAAGGAAAAAAAAAAAAUCUUAUGAUUCCUUAAAUUUUAUAUGACCAUAUAACCCUGAUCCAUUCAAGCUUAUGAAAAGCUUUGAUUUUAUGCACUGAGAACUGAACAGCAUAAAUCAGGUAUACCCGUAUGAUGGAUAGAGUUUGGUCAUUAAAAACAUAUGCUUGAUUAAUGAGUACAAAACAUACAUAACUGAUUUGCAAUGUCAGUGCUUCUUGGAAUGCACACUAAUAGUCCGCUGUCGAUUUUUAGUUGCCAUUGGUCCUGAGCUAGUUAUUUCCCAAGGGAUUUCAAAUUCA